AAUAACAUCUUGUUGCAUUUCUUUAUUUUGCAGAAAGCUUCGCUCGAUGUUUGGCACGUCAAUGAUGUCUUCCCUGAUCCCAAAACUGAUGCCUGUUCGCACGUGGAAUGCCCCAAGGGCAGUGAGUGCUUGGUCAACAGGACGACCAACAUGGCGGAGUGCAUCUGCCGACCCUACUGCAAGCCUCACUACAAGCCUGUCUGUGGUUCCGAUGGCGUCCUGUAUGAGAACCAUUGCGAGCUCCACCGUGCCUCGUGCCUCAGCGGGCAACGGAUCACCGUACACAACCAUGGUUGCGAUACCCCGGUGGAAUUGCCAUUGGUGAUGGCCACCACUCCGGACAGUCCUAUUCCUUCGAUGUCACCGACGGAAGUUCCCAUUACCUGCACACCUGAAGAGAUGGCCCAGUUGAAAGAAGAACUCGUAGCACAUUACCGCGAGCAGUUUCACAAUCCGAACGAGGACAACAGCCUACCUCCAUUGAAUAAGAAAUACAUCGUCAGUUUGAUCUUAAAUCACUAUGACAUCGAUGCAGACGAUGCUAUUUCCCGCCAAGAAAUGGAAUCGGCCAUGACCCUGGACCGCAUCAAUGACCUUUUACCCGGAUGUUCUUUCCUCGAUGUCCUCGACUCCGGUGAUCUCGAUGGCAAUGAUAAACUGAGCGGAAUGGAACUCUACCGAGAAUUCAACAUCAAAGCCGUUUCUCUAUCAGGAAGCAUAGCCCAGCGUGUUACGGUUGCUGCAGUCGGUGACAACCUGGCCUUACCGUGUGAGCUCUCUUCAGAUCAUCCUCUCAAUAUCAGGUGGACAAGAAACAACGCUCCUCUGACAGAGAUCCAGGAAUACCAAGGAAUCGGGUUCUAUGCCGGUGAUUCGUCUCUCUACCUGACAUCAAUCACUCUCAUGCAUGAAGGUACAUACGCUUGUUACGCGGAAGGAUAUGACGAAGUGAAGCAGACACACCUCCUUCAAGUCCAAGUUCCUCCAUCUGUAAAGAUCUGUCCUCACUCGCAGCUGAGGAAGCAGGGUAGUAAGGCCAGAGUCCAGUGCUACGCCGAAGGAAUCCCAACCCCACAAAAGAGCUGGACCAGGAACGAUAUACCACUAGUACAAAAUGACAGGAUUGAGCUGCAAAACAAGAACAGCAGUGUCCUGGUAAAGGAGAUUUCUUAUCCUGAUACUGGUAUCUACACAUGCACGGCGACCAACCCUCUCUCAGAGGCCCACCAGAGUGCAUCGGUCUUUAUUCAACCCCAAGAUCAUCCUCUUUCACCCGGUCCACUCCAUGUCUUCUACCUGUUCCAUCGCGAUGGUAUCCAGACGUUCGAACCCGACACAUGCGGGUUCAGACUGGCCCUGACCGGAGCCAGCACCCUACCCGACACCACCAAGACGCUCUGCAGCGUUGACCAGGAAUCCGAAACACGCCGGUGCGACUGGGGGGACGCGGUCAGCGUGGACGACCGCUACAUCUACGCGUCACAACCGUACGAGAACCGCGUCGUGGUUCUUGAUGCACGAUCGCAAAGGAUUAUCGAGGUUAUCAGCACAGACGGUCAACCGGUAUCACUGCAGUAUGUAGAACACGUGGACUCCAUCUGGGUGCUAUGUCGGAGAUCAGAUGAGGAAGCUAAGGCAGGGCGUCAGUCCAUUGUGGUCAUCAAGAACGCAGGACAACCAGGACCUCAUCACACAAUCCACACGGCGCCGGUCGGCCACACGUUUGAGCUUGUCGAAGACCUCUUUAUCCCCAAGGAACAAAUUCCUAAUCAGGGUACUAUGAACUUCGGAUACAUUGUCCAUCACAACCAACUCGGCCUCCACAAAUUGGACCUUGUCCGCAUGGAACGCAUUGCUCUCAUCGACCUCACCGCGUACAGCUGUCACCCGGAAGCAGUUAACUUUGUAUCCAUCGGAGGAAGUGUAGUCAUCAACUGUGCCGGAAGUGAUACCGUUCCAGCUAAGCAAGUUGUGCUUGAUUACCUGACAGAUAGUGUUAUCAAGGUCAACGAGGGUAUCCGUGGUCGUCCGUACGUCUCACCAGAUGGUCGUUACAUCAUCAGCGUCGAUGCCAACCACCAGUACGUCCACGUCCAGAAGGUCCUCCCCGAAUCAGGCAAGAUCAAGACCGCGUUCGAAGUCAAGACCAACCUACGAAUCAGUGAUGUCGGCUUCUUCCCGAGCAAGACCUCCCACACCUAUGAUGUCUUUGCGACGUCCCGAGAUCAACCCGAUGUCCUGUUCAUUGACGUCGAAAGUGGGUUCGUCAAGACCAUCACCGGUGUCCAAGACCCAAUCGCCGCCGAGGACUGGCCAUGGGAUAGUCGCAAUCGUAGGAUAGUCAACAGCGGCUUCUUCGAUCCCUAUCUUGUCACGCCUGCCGCCAACCAUGAAAUCGUCAUCAACGGCCUUCUACGAAAGGUCCAUUGCAACAUCGAGGAUAUAGCAGUAGCUAAUGUCAUUGUAUGGAUCGGAAAGUGUUAGGCAACCGUGUAAUCAUUCAACUACUUUUAACGAAAGAAAAUAAGAGACUUUGUGGUACCCUUCUCGAGUGGGCUCGAAUUCGCAACUAUUUUCUAUUUCUUUUAUCUGGAUUCUAUGCAUUUUAAGAGAUGUAGACGGAUUAUUUUUGUGAGAAUGAAUUUUGUUUGCUCGUCGAUAAGUGCAAUGUAUUACCAGCAGCUAGAAAGCAUAGUACUUUGUUGCAAAUUAUAUUUUACAGAGCAUAAUACCUUAUAGCUGAACGUGGUUGCUUUUACGUCAUAUGAUUUUUGUAGAUUCCUAUGUAAAUAACAAGUUUUAUUUCAGAUUACAUUUAUGAAAUUGAGAAACAUGAUUUUAUGAUGUAGUAUGAUAGAAUUUCAAAAUUAUUUGAAACCAAGAAGAGCUGUGAUUACCAUGAUAAGAAAUCACAAUGUUUUAUAUGUAUAUGAUUGAUUUUUAUGUACAUCGUUUGUUUACAUUAUAAGUUUCAACGUUUAUGGUUUAUUCAAAUAAAUUAUACCAUUAACUAGUUGGUAAUGUACAUAACUGUAACUGUAAAUCUAGUGAAAAUGUAGUAUUAUCAUAUAGUUCCCUUGAUAGGAAACAGAAUACUUAGUAAGAUUAAUUGUUACCUGUGACAUGCAGUUGGAGUAAUUUUAUCUUUGUUUUGUACUCUAUGAAUUUAUUUGUAAAUCCGAAGAACUUUAGAUUGUAAAUAAUUCAUAUAUGAAAUAUAAUUUGGACAUUCUGUACUUCCUCAUAAAAUAUGAUUAUUUGUGGCGAUGCAAAAUGUCUAGAAGUAUAAAUUUUUAUUAAUUAUAGAUCACUGUACAUUGAUCAGCACUUUCAUAUGAGUUAUCAGUUAAAAUGUAAUAUGUCCAUCGUUCACGUUGACUCUACCAAUAUAUACAACACUCCUUCGGUGUAUAAUGUGGUGUCAUCGUGGUUCAAUAUUAAAACAAUUACAGUUAUUAAAAAAAACAAAAUGUCCCAAGUGCGCUAGUGUAUAUAAGAAAUAUUCCAUAUUCUUACUAUUGUUUAUGGUACACGAUGUUGACCUACAUUCAUAAAAAGUAGUUAGAAAAGUUUGAAUCAAUAGUAUAUAUAUAUAUCGGUAACCAUGAAAUGUGACAGGCAUAUAAAAUAUUUCAAAAUACAUACAUUACUCAAUGUUUUGGGAAAUCACAGUAUUAAGACUUUUUGGUAAUGAAAAUUAUGCUGGUUUUCGAAACUAUAUGAAACGGACGACUGGAAUUCAGUUAACACACACACACAAUGCACACUUUUUUGUUACACUUGGCUGCCCAUAGAUUUAAAUCCAUGAUGAACUUAUUACACGGGCCAUUUUGAUGUCUGUUGCUUUUUGAAAUGUGCUCUUGAGCCUCUUGUAUGUCAUUAUAUAUAUGUAAUGUAUUUUCACAUGCAUGACAAAAAUGGCUAGCCCGUCAAUAUUUACGAGUAUUACAAAAAAAAUUCAAUGUCGUAUAUAUUCGGUGUACUAUACCCAUAUCUUACAGAGAGUGUAAUUGUCUUAGCAACUCAUUAAUCCAUUCUUGUAAUAACAAAGUUUGCCUUUUAGUAUUUGAGGUACUAUAGGACGUGCGAGGCAUUUACAGGUCCAGCGCCAAACAGACACACUGGCCAAUGUCUAUGGUAAGCCAUAAGUAGAGUUCCAAAUUAUUGUAAUUAAAUUGUUUAAUUAAGUCUAAGUGAUUGCUCUUUAACUGAAUCUGGUAAACCCCUUUCAUAUGAUCGACAUUAAAUUUAUCUGAAUCAUUUGGCAUGUAGCUUGCCAUAAACUUCUUCGGUACUAUAUUCAUUACGGUUCUCCGUUAUCAGUGUUGGAUUAAACCGAAUCCAGGGUCUGGAUUAUGUUCAAAAUUUGAAGAAAAAAAAUCUUGAAAAAUUUCGUAAAAACUAGGCCUAUUGAACCGGCGUUUUCGUGAAGGCCCAAUGAUGGUACGAGUAUAGCAAGUUUUCCCGUUACAUCUUCAAACAUAAUGACAAUUCUUCGAUGAAACAUUGGAUUUUGAUUCAUCAGAAUAUUUUGAUGAUUUUAAACAGAAAUAAGAUCCGAAUUUGUUUUUGCAUGUGGCGUUCGAUAGUACCUCAAACACUUUAUACAAUACACCAAAGAAACUCGUGUAGACAUGCAGUUUUAUACCAAUAAAGCAAAACGACAUCAAUUAGAUUUUUCUGUACAUGUUACAUCGAAACCGCAAUUACAAUAUCUGUAGAAGUUAUGCUUAUAUCAAAUCUCUAAAGUUUUUUUGUUAAAAAAUUGAGCAGACAGGAGACCGAAACUCGGGUAAAUAAGUUCACUUCUUGUAUUUUUUUUCCUUUUUGCUUUGGGUUUACUAAGAAAUGUAAGUUUGCAGAUUUGUUGUUCCUUUUGCUUAUUUAUUUUUAUAAAUUGAUUUUUGCAAGAUUAUAUCAAAAUCAGGCAACGAUUAGAAAUUAAACAUAUGGAAUAAAGCUCGGCCAACUGUGGCAUUAUUUAGUUUAGUUGUACUUGGCAUUCAAAUAAUAUGCUAGACUAUUUUAAACUGGGAUUUGCCAAAAAGAAUGUUACUUUGGUCUACAACCUUGAGAAAAUUUUGUGAGGAUAUAAAAUGAAUACUACAUUUGAUGUUGCAGUUAUAUAUCCAUUAGAAGAUUAUCGUAUAUAAGUACGAGCAAUUUACAUUAUUGUUUUUUUUUAAUCAAUGUAGUUGUAUUAUGAUUUAGAAUAUUUUAUAAGGGAAGGGCUUGACAAUGGUUAAGUUUCUAAAAAGAAUAUUCUACUUCCAGGGGGAGUGUUUCAUACAAAGUCAUCCGAAAUGUUGUCGGACAACUUUCCUUGGAUGUGAUCGGCUGAUAUGAACAAGUGUCUGCUAUUACUAGGGUAAAUGUCGGAUAAAACAGCUGGACUUUGUCGGGUAAAACAUCUGACAAGUCCUUUCACGAAACGCUCCCCGUGAGUCGUUGGAUCUUUUUCAGCAUAAUUGUAUUCGUAACUCGUCUUAUCAUUAAUAACUGAAAUGGUCGACGAAUAAAGAACUAGCAUUUAUUGUAUUCAUGUGUUUUUGUAGUUACUGUAGUCAGUAUUCAAUCAAUUUAUUGAUUUUAUGCGUACGGAUUAUAGCCAGUGCUUUGAUAUUCAGUAUGUUCAUAAUCAGGAACUUCUUUUAGAGAUAGAAUGAAUAAAAAUCAGACUAAAACAAAAUGGUGCAAAGUACCGUGUUACAAACAUCAAUUGUACAGUCUGCAAUUAUUGAUAUCUGACAGAAGACGAGGGUAUCAUGGCAAAUUAUUUAAAAUGACUUUUAGCAUUUAGUUGUUUACAGUGUGUAUUAUAUUUCUAAUGAAAGUAAUUAGAAAGGUAUAGUUCGCACAUUUGAAGCACGGAGAAGACAUUGGUAUAAAAAUCGACAAGUAACUCCACUCAACGUUAGGAAACACAUGAAAUGAUUUGAAACCUGUUUAAGGAAGACUAGAUGACACAAUCCAAAUGAUCUUCUUCUGUAAUUAAAACGGUAUUUGUUUUUUUUAAUAUCGGGUCAUUCAUGUUUUUUUUAUAUUUUUUGUGGAAUCUGUGCAAAGUGAGUUUAGUAGCUUUCAUCACUCUAAAAUAAGUGAUGAAAAUUGCGUCAUAAUUGAGGCUUAUUUGUCGAUGGAACUUAAAUCAAGCAGACCAUUAACCUGUAUUAAAAUAAAGUAUGCAUCCGAAAUUAGAGGUGUACUGCUGGUUUGCCUAUUUAUCAUAUGUUUAAUUAUUAAACAAAAUGUUGCAUGUUUAUAUUUUCGUUUCAUCUAUCAUGUCUAUUUGAUACUGAAUGUCUUGUAAUUGAUGUUAUUGAAAAUAACCGGUAACCUUCAAAUGCUUUUGUGAUAAAGUGAUUAAUAAAAGACUGUGUCGAAUUAAAAAAGA